ACAGAAAUGUUUUGACAUACCUUAUGCUAAUUUACCACUCUACUCUCUUCGAGAUAUCAUCGGAUUGAGUCCUCAGUUCAGCAACUGUAAUUCGCUUCGAUCACCCCGUGGUUCACAACAUCUACAUCAAUCAUGAGUCGCAGUGGUCGUAGUACCUUCAUGUCCGAUGACAAGCGAUCAGAUAAAGACAAACUUGUCGUUAAGAAUGCUGACAUGUCUGACGAAGACCAAGAGGAUGCCGUAUCAGUGGCGCAGGAAGCGUUCGAGAAGUUUACCGUCGAGAAGGACAUCGCCGCCCAUAUCAAGAAAGAAUUCGAUAAGACCCACGAACCGACCUGGCACUGCAUCGUCGGGCGCAACUACGGCAGCUACGUCACGCACGAGAAAGGCGGUUUCAUCUACUUUUACAUCGGUCAGAAAGCGAUCCUUCUCUUCAAAUCAGGCUAGGGACAAACAAAAUCAGCGAAAUAGAAUCAAAUAGCUGGAAUCAUUUUAGGU